GUGAGACAUGAAAGCGACUGGUUCGAGGCCGUAUUCCUUGCAGAUCUUGUCUUUUCCCCCCUUUAUUAUUCCGCACCUUUGGCGGGCACCUGCUCGCUGAACCCAGAUGAAACGGCCGAGCUGCAUGCCCCAGGUUCCCCUUCUCUGGAUCUGCCCAGAGGCGAGGAGUGCUUACUGGAGCGAUGAUACAUAAGCGUCCAUUAACCCGCCCAGCUUCCAGGAAUACUGUAUAUACCUAUGUUCUAAGUUGCGGCGUCCGCGAAGCAGCUCUGGGAUAGCUGGUCAGUUCGAUAAUGACGGUCAACGCAGCUCAACAGACGGGUGCAAUAUGGUCGAUAAUGUUCGUCAACUCCAUAUUCCUGGGCGUGCGCCUCUACAUGCGAAUAUCACGGCAAAAGGAAUCGCUGCGGCCCUCCGACUACCUCAUCCUUCUGGCAUUCGCCAUCAUGCUCGCCGUGACGAUCCUCGGAACCAGCCUCAACGUCCGCGAGCUCAACUUUCUGGCCAGCGAACCCAAUUACCCACGAAACUUCGAUGUCAUCGCCGCUCCCUUCCUAGGAUACACCCGUUCGGGGACCGAGGGGUAUAUCAAAGGUAUAUUUAUACUGCUCAUAUGUCACAACACGGUGCUGUGCGUCUGCAAAGCGACGUUACUCGUGUUUUUCUACGAGGUCUUCCCGAAGCGGCUUCGAAGGGUGUUGCACGCAGCCACCGCCGUCGUCAUUGCCACUUUCAUGGCAAACCUGCUGGAAACGUUAUUCUGGUGCUACCCGCUGAGGCGAAUGUGGGCGCCCACCGAUUUCUUCAGCUCCGAUUACUGUGCGCUCAAGUUGAUCCCAGCCUACAAUGCCGCACAGUUCGCCUCGCACCUGGUCGCCACGAUCGUCGUCAAUAGCCUACCGAUGCUACUGCUCCGCUGGGUAGGCGGUAGUCGCCGUGAGGUAGCAUUCGCGACCACCGUCGCAGCCUUCGGCGGGCUCAGCGUUUUCGCGAGCGUCACCGCGUUCGUCUUUCUCCUGCGGAUGCAGGAUCUCAAGGUUGAUCCGAGUGCCAGACACGUGGCGCUGGUAAGCUCUGGGAUAGAGGAGGCAGCAAUGUUCUGGGCUGGUGCGCUGGGUGUUCUGAGCGUACGCAAGAAGAGCAGAGAGGAAACCAGCGAAGCAGAUGGUGAGGAAACAGAGAUGAAGGGGUUGGUUAUCAAAGUUGAGAAGAGAUGGAGCGUUACGGUCGAAAUUGUUGAGGCGUGGGGGCGUGGAUGGAAGGAUCCGUGGGCAGCAGGCAGUACGGAGUUGUCGGUAUCAUGAAUCACAGUCAAUUUCACAAUCACAAUGCAUCAAGACUCAAUUAGAGUGUCUGCGUGCUGAUUAUUACGCAC